GAUUUUACUUCUAACUUUAUGGAAGUAUAAAAGUUGAAUGAAAAGCACCUGGUCUGACACGCCAACUAUCUACUGACACGUGUCUCGGUACAGAAGUCCACCGUUUUCCCUCCCUUCCUCCCUCCCCAAAACCCCUAUGCAAAGCCCUAGAGCUUCACUUCUUCCCGCACUUCCUCCAUUUUAGAAUCUAAGCUCAAAAUCCUCACUCCAGCUCGCUUAGGAUCUUCCUUAGUCCUUACUUCUUCAUCCUCAACUAACGAUGCUUCUAUGUCGUUUCCCGUUUAUCAUUCCGGUGUUUCUCAUGACACUUUUGCCUCAAACGGCGCCGUUUUCGUUGUCCGGUCCACACAUUGCGGAUGUGAACAUACUGUUGCCCCCCAAGAUGACUCAUCCCGUGGAGUACAGGCUGCAGGGGAGUGAUGGUUGCUUCAAAUGGUCUUGGGAUCAUCAUGAUAUUCUAGCGUUAUUGCCUGAAUACAAUGCCAGCAGUCUCUGCUCCACAAGUGCCCGCUUGAAAUCAAUUGCCCCAUAUAGUGGUAGAAAGGAGACGGCUGUGUAUGCAACUGACAUGAACACGGGGGCUGUUAUUCGUUGCAAAAUUUACAUUGAUAAGAUAUCCAGGAUCAAGAUAUUCCAUAGUUCAGUCAAACUUGACCUUGAUGGGCUUGCUACUCUCAGAGUGCGUGCCUUUGAUAGUGAAGAAAAUGUAUUCUCAUCUUUAGCGGGCUUGCAGUUCAUGUGGCAGCUGAUGCCCGAAAAGGAUGGAUUGCCUCAUCACCUCCUUCAUGUUCCUUUGAAGGAGUCCCCAUUGAGUGACUGUGGUGGAUUGUGUGGUGACCUGGAUAUCCAAGUAAAGAUUGAAGAUAGUGGUGUAUAUUCUGAUCUAUAUGUAGUACGGGGAACUGAGAUUGGGCAUGAGGUUGUUUCUGUUCACUUAGUUGAACCAUUGUCUGAACAUAUGGCCGAUAAUAUUGUGCUAACUGUAGCAGAAGCAAUGUCUCUUGAUCCUCCUUCCCCCGUUUGUGUUCUUCUUGAUGCCAUUGUCCACUAUAGUCUUAAAGUUAUCCAUGGAAAUAUUCCUCAGCUUGUAACUUUGCCAUCUGCAUUUCAUCGGUGGUCUAUUUUGAACUCCUCAGUUGCUCAGGUGGACCAGAUGAUGGGCACAGUUCGUGCUUUAAACUUGGGAAUGACAACAGUUAUUGUUGAAGACACCAGGGUUGCUGGUCACACACAGGUGUCUACUUUCCUUGUUGUCCUUCCAGAUUCUUUAUUGUUGUACAUAUUACCCCUUUCUGCUGCUGGUGAUCCUGUGGAAGGAAUAGAACCUAUUCCAUCAGUAUCACGCUGGUACAUUGUUGCUGGCAGGCAAUAUCUCAUUCACACAAAGGUCUUCUCACAGGGACCUGGUGCUCAAGAAAUUUAUAUUACCAAGAAUGAUAACAUCGAAUUGCAUGAUACCCAGUCUGAAUUCUGGAGUAUUCUACCAAUUGCAGAUGAAAUUGUUGAGAAAGGCAGAUCUAGAAUCUUAAAAGCAACCUCAUAUGGACUGGGAAAAUUAAUUGCAACUUUGAAAUAUAGUAGUGGUGAUGAUGGGACAAAGAAAAUUCUCAAGGUUGUGCAAGAAGUGAUGGUCUGUGAUCAAGUGAAGUUCAGCAUGGAUGGUGUCUUAGGUAGAAUUCUUCUUCCUUGGGCCCCUGGUGUUCAUCAAGAGAUGGAACUCAAGGCAACUGGUGGCUGUGCAAUGUUAUCAAGUGACUAUAAGUGGUUCUCUUCGGACAUGGCCAUUGUUUCUGUAUCUGCUUCAGGGAUUGUCGAGGCAAAAAAUCCUGGAAGAGCUACCAUUAAAGCUGUUUCCUCUUUUGAUUCUCUUAAUUUUGACGAGGUGGUUGUUGAAGUUUAUUUGCCUUCUUCUAUGCUAAUGCUGCCUAAUUUCCCUGUGGAGACUUUGAUAGGAUCACAUCUUCUGGCUUCUGUGACAUUGAAAACAUCAAAUGGUGCCUUCUUCCACAAAUGUGAUGCUUUUAGAUCCUCCAUUAAGUGGAAAUGUGAAAGUGAUGCUUUCACAAUUGUGGAUGCUGGUUGGUCAUUGAUUUCUGACAAGCUGGGAAUUCUUGACUUUGAUAUGUCAUCACAUGGCCCUCCAUGUGCUUGGUCCUUUGUAUAUGCUGCUAGUUCUGGUCAGACAAUGCUGCAUGCAACAAUGACUAAAGAAUAUCAACCGUUUGAUCACUCCAUCAGUAGCUCUGUUGUUCUGAAAGCAUCAUCACGUAUUGCUGCUUAUUCACCUCUUCAUGUGUAUCAGGCAAGUGAUGGAAACCAAUUUGGCGGUUACUGGGUUGAUAUGGUUCAGACUGUAGCCAGCAAUCAACAGAAUUUGGAGUACCUAUAUCUUGUUCCAGGCACUCAUGUAGAUUUGAUGCUUAAUGGGGGGCCUGAAAGAUGGGACCACGGAGUUGAAUUUAUUGAAACAGUUGAAGCCACUGGUCAAGGUAACUCUGACUUUAAAGAUGGUCUUGUACAUAAAAUAUUUAACAUGCAUGGUAGUGCGCACAGAAUAAAGUGCCAAGAAGUGGGGAACUACAAGCUUACUUUCAAGCGUGGAAAUUUAAUUGGAAAUGAUCAUCCUCUACCUGCUAUAUCUGAAGUGCAGUUAUUGCUGACAUGUAGCUUCCCAUCCUCAAUUGCAUUAAUAGCUGAUGAACCUGUAAAUGCUAUUGAAGUCAUUCAAUCUGUAGCUCUGGCUGAGCGCACCAAUGAAAGGAUCCAAACUACCCCAGUCAGAGUAGCAAAUGGCCGCACGGUUCGAAUGUCAGCAGUAGGGAUUAGUGACUCUGGAAAAGCUUUUGCAAACUCUUCUUCUCUUCCUUUGAUGUGGGAACUUAUAGAUUGUGAUGAUUUGGCAUUUUGGGAUGAUUUAGCAACAACCCAAUCAAACUGGGAGAAGUUUUUGGUUUUGCAAAAUGCAACAGGACUCUGUCUUGUACGUGCCACAGUUGUGCCAUCAAGUAGUCAUGUGAGCCAGCAUUUUAUAGAAGUUCAAAAUGAUCUUACUGAUGCCAUUCCCUUGCAACUUGUUUCGUCUUUAAGACUUCUCCCUGAGUUCAGCUUAUUGUUUUUCAGUCCUGAUGCUAGGUUGAAUCUCUCAAUUACCGGGGGAAGCUGUUCUCUUGAUACUCUGGUAAAUGAUACUAAAAUUGUGGAGAUAAUGCAACCAGCACCUGGUUUGCAGUGUUUACAACUACUUCUAGCUCCUAAGAAAUUGGGUGCUGUGCUUGUGACAGUGCGAGAUAUUGGGCUUGCUCCACCACUUUCUGCUUCUUCAAUGGUCCAAGUUGCAGAUGUGGAUUGGAUUAAAAUUACAUCUGGAGAGGAACUAAUCCUCAUGCAAGGAAGUAUGCAGGAGAUUAAUUUUCUCGCUGGGGUAAGCAGUGGAUUUACUUUCGAUUUGUCUCAGUAUGCUUAUAUGAGCAUACACGUCCACAUUGAAGAUGAUAUAGUUGAGCUUGUUGCUAAUGAUCAAUUUUCAAGCAAUGUGGAUGGGUAUGUAAAUAUGCAAAAUUUCACUGUUCAUGCUGUACAUGUUGGAGUUACAAACCUCUAUAUCAGUGCUAGGCGGCAUUCUGGACAUGAAAUACGUAGCCAACCAAUUAAGAUUGAAGUUUAUGCGCCACCAAGAAUACAUCCCAGUGAUAUUUUUCUUGUGCCAGGUGCAUCUUAUGCUCUUACUGUAAAAGGAGGCCCAAUAAGUGGUGCAUAUGUCAAGUAUUCUUGUAAGGAUGUUGAAGUUGCCAAGAUCCACUCAUCUUCAGGGCGAGUUUCUGCAGUUUCACCAGGAAAUUCCACUGUGAUUGCCACAGUUUAUACGAGUGGAGAUCUUGUUAUCUGUCAGGCCUAUGGAAAAGUUAAAGUUGGUGUCCCUUCUUUAGCAAUGUUGAGUGUUCAGAGUGAGCAGUUUGCUGUUGGUCGACAUAUGCCAAUAUUUCCUUCUCUUUCUGAAGGAAAUUUAUUUUCAUUUUACGAACUGUGCAAGAACUACAAGUGGACUAUAGAAGAUGAAGGGGUAUUGGGUUUUGAAGCAGUAGAUUACUUGCAUAGCAAAAAUCGUAUGAUACCUUUUUCCACAGGAAAGGAAUAUGGAUCCACUGGAUACUCAGUAGACCAUGAUAAUGGUUUUAUCAAAGUGUUACAUGGAAGAUCUGCUGGCAAGACUAAUGUUAAGAUUUCUUUCACCUGUGAUUUUUUGUCUUCUAAAUCUUCAUUGCGGUCGAGGUUGUAUAAUGCAUCCAUAUCCAUGGUGGUAGUGCCUGAGCUUCCACUUGCUCUUGGAUUACCAGCUACCUGGACUCUUCCUCCUCAUUAUACCACAUCAGACCUUUUGCCUUUAUCUUUGGAUUCACACAGCAAGGGGAAUUCUCCAAGUCUUAAAAAUUCAAUCAUGUAUUCGUUACUUGGGGAGUGUGACAGAAAGGUGGAUGGGGUGCCAGACGAUGCUAUAUUUAUUGAUGAAGGUAAAAUAAGAACAACAGGAAGUGGUAAUCUUGCAUGUAUUCAGGCAAAAGAUAUGUCAACUGGAAGGACUGAGGUUGGUUCUUGUUUGAGGGUUGCUGAAGUGGCUCAAAUAAGAUUUACUGGAGAGAAUUUAUUGGUUCACACAUUAGCCAUUGGUGGUGAAGUUCAUCUUCCAAUUAAAUACUAUGAUGUUCUUGGAAAUCCUUUUCAUGAAGCACAGGGUAUUGUUCAGUAUGGAGUUGAAACCAACUACCCUGAUGUAGUCUCCAUUGAAGAUUCAGGUGACAGCAAUGGAAAAAUCCAUCUCAGGGCACUUGGUCAAGGAAGGGCUCUUCUGCAAAUAGCAUUUUCUAGUAAUCCACAGAAGUCAGAUUAUGUGGUAAUUUUUGUGGGUGCUCGUUUACAUCCUCAAAAUCCAGUCCUACAUCCUGGAAGCCAUCUUAACUUCAGAGUAGAAGGUUUGGAUGAUCAAAUUUUAGGCCAGUGGUUUAGUGCCAAUGAAAGCAUUGUGUCAGUAGACUUACUAUCUGGAAAAGCAGAAGCAAUAAGGGAAGGAACUACUCAUGUUAUCUUUAAUAGUUCGAAUGUGCAACUGCAAACUGUAGUGUCCGUGCUGAAGCAAGGUAUUUUAUCUGUCCAUGCUCCAAAUGAGACACUUACAAAUGUACACAUUCCUGCAAAAGGAUAUAGUUUCAUUGUGAAACUUGAUGGUUCGCACAGUCAAGAUAUAAAAACUGCUCAAGACACCAUAGAUAUCUUGUUUGAUUGCAAGGUGGAUCCACCUAUUGGGUAUGUGAAGCCAUGGAAGGACUUUGAUACUGGUAAUUCAUAUUGCCUUUUCUUCCCAUACUCUCCAGAACAUUUGGUAUUCUCUAGUCCUGAGUCAAGAAGCAUGGGACAAAAGAUGUCUGUUUCAAUCUCAGCUUCAUUGAAAGGAGAGAAACACGUCUCCAGUUCUGCAUCAGCACUGUUUGUUGGAGGCUUCAGCAUUCUAGAAGUAGACAGAGACUCGUUACGGUUAAAUCUGACAUCAGGAUCAAUUAGAAGCAUCAUAACCAUUGUGGGUAAUACAAAUGUUGAAAUGCUUUGGCAUGACAAGGAUCGGUUAUCAGUCAGGCCCAUCCACAGAGAUAAUUCUCAGAUAGGAUGGCAUGCUCGCUAUGAGGUCAAAAUUGAUAAAGCUGAGAAAUUUAGAGAUAAAUUGGUUAUCAAACUCCCUGCUACCGGUCAGAUAAUGGAAGUUGAUGUUAACUAUGACCCUGAAGAGAGAGAAGCAUUAGGAAUAUCAGCUACAUAUCCUAAUCUCUUGUUAUUAGCAGUUGUAUGUAUUGCUGUGUGUACAUUGUGUGCUGCUAUCAUCCUUUAUUACAUGGAGCAUGCUGAUAGAAUUCGACAGUCAAAUACUCCAGGCACACCAGGUGUAGCAGCACCUAUCACUCCUCAGCGGAGCAGUCCUGCUGUAGUGAAUGAAGAAUCUCCUCGAACACCUCAGCCGUUCCUGGACUAUGUUAGGAGGACAAUAGAUGAGACACCAUAUUACAGGCAAGACUUUAGGAGGAGGGCCAAUCCUCAGAACACCUUUUAGCUAACUGGAUGGCAUUAUCCACAGGGAAACCUGUUUCCCGCGUUUCAGAAUACUUGUAGCACAAAAUGUAGUGAACUGUUGUUGAGCGUAGCUUUAUUUCUAUUCAAUAUUUGGUUGCAGGAAUUUUGUUGUAUAUAAACUUUGUCCCGGACUUGGGAAAUGCUUUCUUCUUGUAUCUUGUACAAGGAUCUUUGUAUCCUGCAUUUAAGAGUCAGAUUUGUUAGACAACUAA